AUGUCUAACGUACUGGCCCCUGUAUCAAUUGCGCUCCCUGAUACCGCGCAUGGCGGCUCGGCAUUUACCUCAGGACACAAUUCACUCAAUGGGUCAAGCACUGACUUGGAAAAGACUGGCGACUCCAGCGAGAAGAGCUUGGAGGGUGCGCUCGCGGCUGACAUCGCCGUAAUCCAGCAACAAGAAGAACGCGAUUACCAUCGUCAAAAUAAAUAUAUCAAUGGGACUAUGAUUUGGGCUCACCAAAUCUGGUGGAUCAUUGUGGCUGCAGCUAAUGUUCCGGUCUAUAUCUAUAUGGCCCACAACGAGCAUCGCCCUCAGAUCGUUGAUUGGAUUGCCCAUGCCGCACUCAUCAAUCUCAUGAUUGUUGUUUUAGUUCGCAACGAACUCCUUUUGGCAGCUGCUUAUUAUUCCUUCAACUACAUCCCUUUCCGCCGGUUCUAUUUCCAUCGUAUGCUACACUCCAUUGGAGGUCUUCACGUUGGAGGUGCCUUUGCCACAUUCAUCUGGAUCACAACAUAUGCCGUGGAGGUAGGGAAACACACUCCUCUCGAUACGCCAAUGAACCGCGCUCUAUUUGCAACGGCUAUCCUACUCCCCGUUGGUGUUGGUAUCAUGAUCAUCUUUGCCCUUCGCCCUCUGCGUGAGCGCUUCCACAAUGCAUGGGAGUAUACCCAUCGAUUUGUUGGCUGGACGCUCGUUGCCGACCUUGUUGCGCACCUCGGAGUAAAGGCCGCUCUUCUCCCCAAGGCCCGCGAUCUAUUCCGCACUGCGCUCCCCUACUUUGUGAUCGUAAUCGUGAUUAGCAUUUUCUACGUCUGGUUCACAGUUACCAAGUCAAAGGUCAAGAUUAUUGCCAACAAAAGUGUCGCAAUUGUCAAGUUCCCCGGAAAGCCUACUCUCGCCGAUGGUACUUUUGCUCGGAUUUCCCGCAACUGGUGGCAAUGGCAUGCCUUCUCGGUUGCUCUCUCCGACCACUCCAACCCUGACAAGCCCGAGUUUUCACUCAUUGUUGGCAAGGCUGGCGACUGGACCAACGGGCUCAUUGGUGAUUCUCUUUCUGGUAGUGCCCCAGAGCGUAUGUACAUCCGUGGCGUAAACCCUCCUGGUUUCAUGCACAUGCACCAUGCAUACAAGAAGGUCGUUACCGUCUGCACUGGCGCUGGAAUUGCCCCUGCUCUUCCGCACAUUGCUCAACAUACUUCCAAUAUUCACCUAAUUUGGAUCGCUAAAAACCACCGUGAAACAUAUGGCGAGGAAGUUUGGGGCGCUGUAGAAAGCAAUCUCCCCCCGAGCCAGAUUCAAUUGCAUGAUACUGCCAAGCAGGGCCGUCCUGACAUUAAGGAGCUUAUUAUUGAGGCCGCCAAGAAGCACGAGGCAGAGGCUGUGUUUAUCGUUUCUAACGACCCGUACACUCUCAUGGUUAUGAACAUCUGUUGGCGCAUUGGUAUCCGCUGCUACGGUGCCACUCGUGACUCGUAA